AUGGACGAAUAUUUUAGAAAUCCUCUCCAAUAUUGUUUCAUUUGUAGAGAGAAAUCUAAAUAUGUUUGCCCCAAAUGCAAAAUAGAUUAUUGUAGUAUAAAAUGCUAUCAACAUUCUAGUCACCAAAAUUGUACUGAGAGUUUUUACAAAAAAUGUGUAUUAGAUGAGUGUUCUAUUGAUGAUAAAAGUGAAAUAGAAGAAAAAGUUUUAUGGGAUUAUUAUAAAUUGUUUUCUAAAGAAAUGUUUGCAGAAAUAGGGGAUGAAGGAAAUUAUAGGGAUCUUGAAGAACAAGUUGAUAAUGUAUCACCUGAAGAUCCUGAUUUAGAAGAAAGAAUGAAGAAUAUUAAUUUAGAUAAUUAUGAUCAAAUUUGGAAUUGUUUAACAACGAAAGAAAAGCAACACUUUGAAAAGAUCCUGAUCAAUAAUGAACCAUGGUUAACUUCCUUAAUACCAAUGUGGCAACCUUGGUGGCAUAAAAAGAUUUCUCCAAAAUUCGUAAAAAAUAUGGAAGAGAAUAUAAAUAAUCUGUUUGAUGCACCCUAUAGCAUUCCAUUUUUAUGGUCGCCAACUUUACAAUUUAUAAAACGUAUGGAGACCAAUAUUAAUAAAGCAUCUCCUCUAAUCAUAAAUAAUAUGGUCAAUCUUAUUAUCAAUUAUUCUUACAUGACUCGUUUAUAUAAUGGUUGCCAUUCAGAAUGCCCUUUGCAAGCUAUUCAAACUUUUUUGAGCAUUUGCCCAAUAUUAUGUGCCAACAUUAAUUGUCAGUCCAUUUCAGAAUCUGUUUAUCUUUCACUAGAUCAAAUAAUACAAGCGGAAUCACUUGAAAUUGACAAAAACCUAUCAAAACAGCUCGAUCAUAUUCAAACGAAAAAUUCUUCCGCUGAUUCCUUCAAGAUAAUUAAAUCCGAUGACACCCCACGCAAAAAUGAAUCUAACACGAACCAUAAUAAUGUUAUCGAAAAUUUUGUUUCCCUGUAUCUACCCGAUACCAUAACAAUCAUUAAUGGACCAUUUAAGAAAAAAUUUGGGAAAAUUACCGAAAUUAAUUCUGAAUCAAAUAUAACUAAACAUGCCGUGACUUUAUAUCUUGAAGCCGCUUUAUCCGAUCUUAUAAAUUUGUUUAAAAAUGGAAAGAAGUUGUUACGCCAUACUGCAUCUGAUGAUGUUAAAGACUCCUUAAGAGCUCGAUGUCAUAAAGUAGUUGAAUUCAGCGAAUCGCACACCAAAAUAUUUGACGCCAAAGGUUCUCUCGCAUUGGAUAGUCUAGAUUACCUAUCUUUUCAAAAAAGCAUUAAAAAGCUCCAAUUUUACAUAAUAUGGAUAUUGAAGAAUGGCUCGAAUAUUACAUCUUGUUAUAUAGAUCAUUGUUCUACACAAUUGCAGCAAGAAAUUGAAAAUCUAAAACUCAACUACAAAAAUCAAAAAUUAUUGCAAAGCAUCAUCGAAGAUAAUCUCAGUAAUUUUAAACACAAUAAUUCACCUUUAAUAUGAGAUGACCAUCGGAAUAACUGGCAAAAGAUUAAUCAAGGAAUUAUUAUGUAUAUUGUAAAAUAGUAACAUAUUUAUUGUAUAUAUAAUUAUUUGAUAAAUAAAAUGUUUAUAAUUGUCAUGUGAGGGAAUUUGGGGAAAAUAGGGAAA